UGUGAACUUGAAAGUAUAGCGGCUAAGGAUCCUAUAUUGAAAAUGAAUUUGGCAAUAAGUCAAAUGCAUAUGGCAACGGCUUAUUUACAUGAACACUAUUUAGAAACACUGAUUAAACAAUUGGAACAAUUGUGUACAAGUAGCAAAUGGAGUGCACGUUAUACAGCUAUUGAAUUUGUUCAAAGCAUGAUCUUUUCUAAUUUAUUUAAUGCUCGUCCUUAUGCAAAACGUUUACAUGAACUUGUACUCAAAUGUCUAUUUGAUGAAAGAUUAGAAGUGCGAACAGUUGCAUCAAUAACAUUAUCAAACUUCUAUCAAUGUGGCUACAUUCAAACGAUCGAUCAUGAUCUAAAAUAUUUUCGUACAAUGGCAAAAACCAAAUGUAUUAUGAAAAUCGAUGGAAAGAAAGUCAAAUUGACCAAGAAUAUUUCCAAGCGACAUGGAGGUUAG